ACAAACAGCAAUAUGAUUCACCUUCAGUACAUCGGGCUUUUAUUAGCGUGCAUUGGACGCACGGUCGUGGGGGGUCUCUUGCCGGAGGUUGGGCCAAACGGUGGUUAUCAGUACAACAGACCGAGCGGUGGUCAGGAUUUUGGUAACAUCGUCGGUGGCGUUGGGGAGCUCGGUGCUGGCAACAGACGAUCAGGUUACUCCGAUCGUUUCGGUUCUGGUUUUACGGGUAACGGUUUCGGAACGAGACCCUCGACGGCUUACGGUGUUCCGUCCUCGUCUUCCUCCUUCGGCAACAGCCCUCUCGCUCCUGGCUCGGCAGGCCUUGGUAACUACAAUAAUAACGCAGCUCCGGGCUUUGGCAAUCGACUGACCGGAAGUUACGCUCAAUCCGCCGGUGGAUUUACCGGUGGACCACAGAGCGGAGGUUAUCAGCAGGCAAACGGCGUAGGAGGAUUCCCCGGCGGUUAUCAGACGACCGGAAGUGAUGCGUAUUACCAAGGAGCCGGACGAUACAAUGAGGACGAAGGCAGACCCCGACCGUACAGCUUCCAAUACGAAGUACGUGAUCCUCCCAGUGGAAACGACUACGCCCAGCAGGAGAGCAGCGACGGUAACGUCGUCCGCGGCGAAUAUCGGGUACUCCUGCCAGACUCGAGGACUCAGAUCGUUAAGUAUACGGCCGACGAUGCUAACGGGUACAACGCGGACGUACAGUACGAGGGACAGGCACAGUUUCCACGCGGUGGAGCCGGAGGAGGGGGAGCUCAAGGUGGUUAUAAUCAGUUUGCUCUUGACGGAGGAUACCCCAGCACCGGUGGAUUUGGUCCGGUCAAUAAUUAUCAAGGAGGUAGGGGUGGCUUUGCCGGAGGUCUCGGGCCUGGUGGGAUCUUCCCGAGUGGCGGAGGCAUAAACCCUGCUGUUGGCGGCAACACCGAACCUGCAAGCAACACCAAUCGAUACUUACCACCUGGUAACUCUGGUUAUGGCAAAUGACCGUAAACAAUAAUCGCGUCCUUUCUCGCAUCAUCUCUCCUCUCUCUCUUUCUUCCUACAACAAUCCAACGCACUCCAUAGUUCUGCGUGACACUCAAAAUCUUCGACACAUUCAAGCAUUAUACGUGUAUCCAUAUUUAAUGAUCUCGCCUGUUUUCCCAGCGGGGACUCACCUCCCGAUGCUGCGAAAAAAUAAUAAAUAAAUGAUAAUCA